UACGCGUCACGUCACGUGACCUCAUUUGUCAACGUCAUUAGUUUUCAUUUAGUCAAACGUGGGCCCUGUUCAUGAAACGUUUGUUGUAAAAGCGCGUUGGCACCAAUAUAGUCGCGCAUUACUAUAAUAUACGGACUUAUUUGUGUUGCAUUAACAAAAGGAUGCCCAGAUGAUGCUACUUAUUAUCGUCAGAUGGGGCUUAAAGUAUGUAAUUGUAACAUAAGCUGCGGACUGAACCCCUAAGUUCUUACUGCUGUGCCAAAACGAGCAUCGUCUUUAUAUCCCAGUCUGCUACCAGACAAGGUUGAUUCUGUCUAAAGGGAAACUCGGUGAUACUUAGUUAAGUAUACAGCAGGCGACACAAGUCAUACUAGUAUCUUAGUGCAUUAAGCCAUACUGUUGGCCUCUGUAGUUUCUCUCCAGCUGCUCUUUGGGUCAAAGCUUCAAACAACUUUUUGAUGGCUGUCUUGUUGAGACGAUGGAGAGGUUUGCUGGUGCUAAACCUAAUGGUAGUGACUGGGUUUAUGAUUUUUUGGAGUAAAUGCAAGUCAAGAAGCAUAAAAAACAUAGAGCAAGUGGAAUUGGUGCAAACAGCCAGUCAAGAAACAUUACUGAAGAGGCUUUCCUUUCUAGAAGAGGUGGUCUACAGGCAACUCAAUGGUCUUUCCAAGUCUCUGGGGCUGAUCGAAGGGUAUGAGGGGCGCGGUAAAGGAGGAUUGGCUGCAACCCUGAGUCCCGGUGAGCAGGUUAAAGCCAAAGAACUGGAAGAGAAGUAUGGGUACAACGCUUAUCUCAGCCAGAAGAUUUCACUGGAUAGAUCCCUUCCAGACUUCCGUCCAAGCAAGUGCAAAGAGCUGACCUACCGUAAGGACCUCCCUCAGGUCUCCCUGAUCUUCAUCUUUGUGAACGAAGCCCUGUCUGUGAUUCUGCGCUCGGUGCACUCCGCAGUCAACCACACGCCAGCACACCUCCUGAAGGAGAUCAUUCUGGUGGAUGAUAACAGUGACGAUGACCAGCUGAAGGGACCUCUAGAGGAAUACGUCAACAAGCGCUACCCCGGCCUGGUGAAAAUUGUCCGCAAUAAGAAAAGGGAAGGGCUGAUCCGGGCCCGAAUUGAAGGGUGGAAGGCUGCCACUGGGGAGGUCACAGGGUUUUUUGAUGCCCAUGUAGAGUUUACACCUUCAUGGGCUGAACCAGUUCUGUCGAGAAUUAAAGAGAAUCGAAAACGCAUUAUUCUUCCCUCCAUCGAUAAAAUCAAAUGGGACACGUUCGAGCUGGUGCGGUAUGAAAACUCUGGCCACGGCUACACAUGGGAGCUGUGGUGCAUGUACAUCAGCCCCCCCAAGGAGUGGUGGGACGCGGGGGAUGUUUCUGCACCAAUCAGGACUCCAGCGAUGAUCGGUUGCUCCUUUGUCGUGAACAGGAAGUUCUUUAGAGAGAUCGGUUUACUCGAUCCUGGAAUGGAUGUAUAUGGUGGAGAGAACAUAGAACUUGGAAUCAAGGUCUGGCUGUGUGGCGGAAGCAUGGAGGUGCUGCCUUGCUCCCGGGUUGCUCACAUUGAGCGGUGGAAGAAGCCUUACCACAACAACAUCGGGUACUUUACAAAGAGAAACUCGCUGCGAGUCGCGGAGGUCUGGAUGGACGACUACAAAUCUCAUGUUUACAUGGCAUGGAACAUUCCAAUGGAGGACCAUGGCAUAGACAUUGGUGAUAUCUCACAGAGAGUAGCUCUAAGAAAAAGCAUGAACUGUAAAAGUUUCAAGUGGUACCUGGACAACGUGUACCCAGAGAUGAGAACCUACAACAACACCCUCUUCUAUGGGGAACUGCGCAAUAAUAAAGCCAGCAACCUAUGCAUUGAUCAGGGAGAGAAAGAGAACCACACAGCUAUUCUCUACCCUUGUCACGGAGAGACUCCGCAGCUUGCAAGAUACACAAAGGAAGGAUUCCUGUACCUGGGCUCAUUAGGAAGUACAAAACUGCUUGAAGAUACACGAUGCCUUGUCGAUGAUAAGAACAGCAGUUUCCCACAGCAUCUGAAUUGUGAGGAGCUCACCAACGUCCGCCAGAAGUCCUGGCAUUUUUUCCAGAACGAUUCAAUUGUUAAUGUCGACACUGGGCGAUGUUUGGAGGUAAUUCCCUCGAAUGACAAAUUUGGUUUUGAGCUUCUUCUGCAGAGCUGCACAGGUCAAAAGUGGAACAUUAAACACAGCAUCAAACAAGGGCAAUAGUUUCUCGACAACAUCGGCAUCCCAUGUUAACUUGAUUUUAUUUUGGUAAUAUGCAGGGUUGGAGUCAAUUCCUGUCUUUCAAUUCCAAUUCUUUUUUUAAAUCAAUUCCCAAUUACAAUUCCCAUUCCAUUUUAAUUGAUCCCAACACAUCAUUGAUCAAAAUUGCAAUUAGCAGCAUUCUGUUAAAAUUGGCUUUUCACAGUGGCUACAAAUUACUUAAAUUGAAUUCACUGUUAGUCAAUUAAAUUGGCUUCACUUGAAAGCAGUUGAACAAUGACAACAAUGAAAAUAUCAAUUUGAAUUCCUUCAAAAGAAUCAGGGAAUUGAUUUAAAAAACAGGAACUGACCCCCUGGUAAUAUGUGUGAGCAAAGGGACAUCAGUUUUUGGUUUAUUUUUUCUUGUAAUUGGGAGAAUUUAAGAGUAAUAUUUAUGCAAAGUAUAAAACGCAGAAUCAGGAAGUGGGCAUUUUAUAUGUAGGGAUACUUUAUAUGUUGUGUCUGUGGACUGAGAUGUGAAGACAUUGGCAACAAAAUGUCCCUUACACUUGAAGCUAACAAUUCCACCCUCAGAUGAUAUGAUAGUUAUGUGUAUUUUUUUUUUGUAAGCCAGAAAACAGGAUUGUGCCGUUUGAUCUCCUGGUUGCAGUUAUGCUUCAGAUCUGACAUGGGCUGGGGGGGAUACUUGUCAA